GUUUGGUUGCUUUGUUGUAGGCUUCUACAAGGUUUCCUACAGAAUUAGUAAGUGUGGAAAUGGAGCCGAGCUGGAGUACGUUUCUUUUUCAACAGGCCAAUGAAGCCCUCCACCACCAGCACCAGCACCAUGUGGCCCAAAACAGCCUGCUGCCACUUCUUAAUGCAGGAGUUGAACAAAUUGACCAGAAGCCUAUCAUGCCCAUUCACAUAGACCACAAGCCCCCUUCCAGCGCUGCUGAUCUCCUUAAAGACAAUGUGGCCAGCGGAGGAGGUGCACGGCCACCAAUGCCUGUGAUAAAGAAGGAACACAAAGGCAAAACGCCGUUCGUCUGCGGCUACUGCAACAAGGCCUUCCGUGACAGCUACCACCUGCGACGCCAUGAGUCCAGCCACACCGGUAUCAAGAUGGUGUCCCGGCCAAAGAAGACUGCCCAGUCAGCCCCUACCAUGGUACCCAUGAUCUCCACCAUGUCCCGAGACCACAACGGCCACCCUUCCUACAUCUCCACGGUGGCCGGCAUCCUCUCCACAGCAACCACCUCUGUGUCCUCAGGCGGGAGUAUCAUGACAUCAUCUGCAAUGGGCAAUAUGCCGCAGCAAAAUGUCGCCAAGAAACCCUCCAAACCUGUCAAGAAAAACCACGGUUGUGAGAUGUGUGGCAAGGCCUUUCGUGAUGUUUACCACCUGAAUCGCCACAAGCUGUCCCAUUCGGAUGAGAAGCCUUUUGAGUGCCCCAUCUGCCAGCAACGCUUUAAGAGAAAGGACCGAAUGACCUACCAUGUUCGCUCUCAUGACGGUGGAGUCCACAAGCCCUAUGUUUGCUCUGUGUGUGGGAAAGGCUUUUCCAGACCAGACCACUUGAGCUGCCAUGUGAAGCAUGUGCAUUCCUCAGAAAGACCGUUUAAAUGUCAAGUUACGGCCUGCACCUCUGCUUUCGCCACCAAAGACAGACUCCGUUCCCACAUGAUCAGGCAUGAAGGCAAGGUCACCUGUAGCAUCUGUGGGAAGAUGCUCAGUGCAGCCUACAUCACCAGCCAUCUGAAGACUCACGGACAGACCAACUUUAACUCCUGUAACAAAGAGUGUAACGGAGUCUGCAAUUCUUCCUCAGCUACACCGGUGACCAUUUCUUCCCCCAUCACCUCAGCGAUGAACCGAGGCCACUCCCACAACCCCAUCACCAUCGCCGCACAAAUGAACAUAAGCACCAACACGGUCAACAUCACGUCUCCAAUCAGCCUCCAGCACCCGGUCACCAUCACCGGCCCCGUCAACAUCGCUUCUGUCAACAUCUCUAACUCGGGAGGCAUGAAUAUCGCCCACCCGGUCGCUAUAACGACCUCCAUGCCCAUGAAUAUGGCCGGUCCGCUCAACAUCGCCAUGAGGUCCAUGGAUAGCAUGCCUUUUCUGUCCCAAGUCUUGCCUUCUUCCCCACCCUGGUAGAAAGGAGAGAGGGCAUUGAACUGGCCAGAAAGAAAGGGAAAAUGAAGUGAAACGAGAGACUCCUGUCCUUUCUCCCCAUCAACCAUGUUUACUCAUCCCGAAGUGAAUAUUUACACGAGCUGUGUGGCUGGUAGGAGCUCCCCAAGUCACAGCUGCAUCCUAACUAAUGUUAAGUGACUGACAUGAGAUGCAGAACACUUGAGUAGAAUUCGUGUAGGAUUUAUCUUGAAAUCAGGACAACCGUAAGACUUUAGAGUAGUCAGUUAGAGUGAUGAAACUGUGAUUUGUAUAAUGACAAAGGAGAGGAGACGAUUCCUCGAGCACCCUCGAGGACUCUGUAGUGAAGACACACUAGUGAUUUUGUAAAAGGGAGAUGAGAAAUGGACUGAAGCAAUAACAAUGAAUUGCUGUUUUUGGUGUUUUUACAAGUUCUCUCCCAAAGCCUCUGGGUGUUAUUUUGUAUGUUGUUGUUAUUUUUAUUUUUUAUUAUAGCCUGCUAAUCACUAUUUAAUGUUAUAGGAAAUGAGUCUAGUAAAAGGGACAGCAGCUUCCAUUUGCAUGGAAGACUAUUUUUUCACAGUGCUCUAGCUUUUUCUUCUCAGAUAGUAGGUAUGCUCUUGAGGUACAGUGACUAACUUGUACAGUUGACAUAGUAAUGUAUUUUCUUGUCAGCAUUUUUAAUUUCUUGCUUUUGUCAUUCAAGUGGAGAUCAUCGACGCUGUCCUCUUGACAAUGAAAUGUUUGUGCUUUUUGUUUUCUAUCGGAAUGAAAACGCAAAGGUUUGUUUUUAUCUGCCUUUUUUUUUUUGUAGUGUUCAUUUUUUUCCAUGAUGUCAGAAUGGAAUGAGUCUUGCACUGAAAGCAUAUCCUACAUACAGGUGAACAGCAGUAUUAUCAAAGAUCAAAUUGGAGUCUUAAGUGUUUUGGUUAGCCAGCCUGCACUUGAGGGCCAUCUAGUGGCUGAACAUGGAAAGGCCUGGCCUUGUAGUGAAGCUUUUUCAGGCUGUUACUGUCAUCAUAAUGGUGACUAAUUAGUCUUGUCUGACUCUUCUGUACACAGUUUCUUUUGUUUCAAUCAUUUAUGUUAUCUCACCAAGAUAAUACUAGGACUCUUCACUCAGGAAACACACAUAAAAGCCCACGCAUGAACUAGGCUCCUUUUUUUUUUUUUUUUUAAAUGGACUAUCUACCAUGUAUCUCAAACUCUCCAUUCUCCAUGUUCCUUUUUAGAUUCCCUAUAUCAUUUGGCAUCGUUUCGUUAAAAGACUUGACUUCCAUCGGGGACAAAAAGUCCAAGAAUUAUUGAUUUUGAACACAGCCGUCCAUUUAAAUAAUCAUUUACUGUGCAAUGGCAUACAUGCUGUACUCUUUUACAUUUUGAAGUCAAAUUCAGUCUCUGGCUGAGAUCUGAGUGAUAAAAAUGCAAGUUUGUGUCCAUUAAAAAUAAUGGGACAAGAUUGAUGUUGCAUGACUCCCAAAACACUAGCUGUUGAACAUGUUUUUGAUGAAUGCCAUGUUAUCUCAACAGUGUCGCAGCUCUGUGUUGAUUCAGUUUGAACUGAAAAAUGCAAUAUGCAUGUUUGUCAUUUUUCCCCACGUUUUUUUUUUUUUGUUUGUUUGUUUAAAACAAAAUAUUAGUAUAGCCUUUUCUUUGUUCUUAUACAUUUAUGUAGAUACACUAUGAUAGCCUGUUUGCCAAAUUUGAUACAAUAAUAAUGUGAUAAACUGAACAUUUCUGGUGGAAUUGAUGAACAUCUCUUUAUUUUUUAGGAAAAGAAAUAAUUGGAAAUUCCAGGACCCUUGUGAAAGCAGUUGAAUGUAUAUCUUUGUACAAAACUAUUUUAGUUCCAAGGAUAUGGUAGUUACAAUAGAUGUGAAAGAUAAGAUAACCUUUUUUUUAUAAAUCUUUUGUAUUAGAACAUUAACAAUGGUAAUUUUGUAUAUACGAGAGGCUAGGCUUUCUGAUUAGCAGAAAGGUCAAACAUUCCUACAUUUUUUAAAAUGUAUGUUUGUCAAAUUAUUACAUAAACAUGCGCAAUGUUAUGUGCCUUUUAUUUGGGUUGUCUAAAUAAAAGAAAACUAUCAAAUGUGUUUUUAUAUGUAUUAAGUAAUGUUUGGUAUUAAGAAAGUGCCACAGUUUCAAAAACAUACGUUGUUACUAUUUAUCUCUUUGGCAGUGAAUUGAACUAGAAACCACUUCUUAUCUUUACGAGCACUGGACAUUGAACACAACACUACACAAUGUUUAGAGCUUGUGCACCCAACCAGAGAACUGUACUGUACUAAGAGGAACUCUUCCAACUUGAGUGUUGUACCCGUUUACAUUGUGUAGCCUGCGUAUUGGUUUCUAUCAAAUAUGUGCUAACGUUACACAUCUCCAACUAUUUUCCAAAUACACAUUGCUAGUUUUAAAUUUGAGUUGCCAUCCACGCAGAAACUGGUUUCCAUUUGUUUCACUGCAAAAUGAGAAUCAACCCUGUUUUAAAUGAUAUGGUGCAUUCAGGACACUUGACGUUUUCUGCAUUAGCCCUAAGUAGCAACUGUGGUACUCGCAGACCCCAGAGGUAUACAUGUUUUCAUAUUUGUCCAGCAUAUGCUUUAUUUUAUAAUUGCAAUUUGUAUUAGGGUCCUAAGGGACCCCAGUUAAAAGCACCCAAUUCUGCCUUUGCAUUUUUAAUAGAUAAAAUAAAAUGGAUAGAUAAAAUGUC